GGAUCAUCCAGCACAGGUGUUAGGAUAAAUCGCUAUAUUGAUUAGUUGUACUUCAAGGCAAACUGAAUGAAGCCUGUAAUAUGAUAUUGUGUGCUACUCAAGGUCAGAGAAGAAACAGCACAUGAGGCGGAACGGCACACCACGGCCUACACUCCUUUUUCUUUGAUUGUGCGAGUAGUAAAAAUGUUAUGCAACCCCGAAAGGCGGGGACUGUUCGUCUGCUCAAUAAAGAGUCAUGCAGGGGGAAGUGCUCUUUGGAAGACGGCUCGGUGAUGAUCGAGUGGCAGUGCUUCCCCUUUGCAAAGUUUUUAACAAAAUACGACUUGUCCGUGUCUCUCUUUGUUGCUCUAGAUUGGUUGACUCGAGGAAAUAAUCCAACAACAGAAUAUUCUUAAACCCUGUUGGGAGAAGGAGAAGAGGAGAAUGAGAAGUUUUGGAUCGGAAAUUCAAAGGAAAUAUUAGUACAAAAGAUAUCUGUUUCACAGAUAAUCUGUAAUGGUUGAACAUUAACCACAACUUUGGACAGCAUGAUUUACAAGAUAUUUAAAAAAGUGAUCUUUACCAACAAAACGAGGACCGACAAUCUCACCUUUUAAGUUUAAAAACACAGGGGGCAGCAGUGCGCAGCCUUGUCUUACGUUUGGAAGAAGCAGCAGCAGAAGAAGAACGUGCCUACGUCACACGCAGAGCUCAUGAUGGCGGUUGAUUUGACUCCUCGCUUCAGGAGGCUCAACAGCCAAACGAGAAGUCUUCGUGACAAUGUGCAGCACGUUUUCUCGGGGCCCUUUGGUGCCACUCAUCUGUGGCACAACAUCAUCCAGGCCCUGCAAACCCAGGUGGAGGUGCGCCGCUGCAGGAGGCAUCUACGCGUUCAUGCCGAUUGUUUCACGGGCUCGGACGCCGUGGACGCCGUCCUCAGCUAUCUGAUGCAGAAUGUGGUGUUUUGCACGAGCGAAGUGUCUCGUCUCAAAGCUGCCCGACUCUGCCAGGCUUUGAUGGAGGCGAAGGUGUUUGAGCCAGUGGGCACAAAGCUUUUCCGCAGGGACAAGGAGGCGGCCUUUGAGGACAGCAGCUGUAGCCUUUACCGUUUUCUGGAAUACAAAGCGUUGCCGGGCUCCUCCGUGAAGGAGUGCAGUAGUGUCACAGAAAACAUGCUACCUGAGGAGCUGGAGACUAAGAGGAAAAAGAGCUCCAGGUAUGAACUGAGAACAAUCUCCAAUCCUCUUGCUGUCGGACCAUUAGAUAAGAGGGUUGAGAGGCUGCUGAGGACCAUCAACCUGCGGCUCUCCAUGUCACCAGCUUCAAACACAGCCCUGACUUCUUCUGCCUUUCUUUCCAAGGCUGUGGUGGAUGAGGUUUGGAAGCAGCAGACGCUGCUGCUGCUGCUGCAGAUAGUGGAGUUGCCCAUGCUGGACUGCAUCCUGACCUCUCCUGCCAGAGCUCAGCCUCAGGCCUGCAGAGGUCCACUGACCAGCCAGGACCUGGUCAUCUCUAACACAUGCCUGGAGAGAGAGCUGCCCGAUGCCCUGAACCUGCCGCAGUUGGAUGGCUGGCUGUCGGCAGCAGCAGACUGCUUGGAGCUCCUCCCCGACCAGCUGAUUGUGUUUGCAGGGGAACAGCUCAGCCAAGGCAGUGAUUCCUUUGCAGAGGAGGAAAGUGCAGAGCGGAUGGCGAGCCGAAAGAGACUGCUCUUUGACACUAUCUCCAAGUACUACAGUGGACAGGAAAAGGCUCCACUUCUCUCAGGACGCUACCUAGAUAUACACGUUGCUAUUCUGAAUCUACUGGAUGGAGGGAAGUUGCAAGAUGCCAUCAAAGCAUCCCAGUUGUGUUUGCGGCUACUGGAGACAAGUGUGAGAGAUGAACUGCGGAGACUACUGGCCUUCAUGGCCACAGCAGCUCACCCAGAUGCCACUCGUCUGCAGAAACAAAUUGACAACAGGGCCUUGGUCUGCCGCACUUUUCAGAGAGCAAUUGUCCAGAAUCAUGAGCUGACUCGAUCUCAGAGCGAAACCCUGGUUCUGUUUCUCGUGGACAUUCACACUGAGCUCUUCAAGACUCCCACAUCCCUUAUUGAAGCCGUGAGGAGAACUCUGAGGACUAUGCAGCAAGGAAAAGACCCUAAUUCAAUUGCCACGUUCACCUUCUGCCACCAGGUGACACCACAGGAGUACGAUGACCAGCGCGAGGCGACCACCCUCGAGAGUCUCAAACAGCUCCUCUGUGAUAUCUCCUCCAGCAAGAGCAUGUCUGCCAAGCACAGGAGGAGGCUGCUCAAAGAGUUUGAAAAACACCACCCUGUGGUUUUCCUCCAACAUUUCUCCAGCACCUUCUGAAACCUGCACCUGGAGGGCAUCGAUUUGAUUUUCAAACUGCACUUGACAAAGCCAGUCUGCUGCAAUGGUACUGCACUUACACUGAAGAAUGAUAGUAUUUUUAAUGCACAAAUGGAUCUUAUAAAAGACGCUGGCCUUAUAAUUCUUGAAACUGGCAUACUGCCAUACCUUUAAUCCUGCCUAAUGCAUUUUACCUGUAGAUAGAUUAGAUAGAUAGAUAGAUAGAUACCAUUGGUGACCGUCAGUGCAGCUUCUCCUGUAACAAAUAUAAGUGUUGCUGCUGCAGCAUUGUUGUGUGGCUGUAGCCUCCCCACAUUCCUUAAAUAGUUGAGGAUUUAUUUGCAGCUUUGUUUUUAGGUCUAGAUUUUUAAAAUAAAAACCAAUUAUGUCCCAUAGCAGUGGGUUUGUUAUCUGAUGAAGCGUUUUGAGGUAAACCCUGAACUAUGGUUUCAUUUGAGAUAUUACAACUCUACACUGGUGACACAAAUUUUUCGGUUGCGGAAAUGAAAGGUUUUUUAAACAGGGAAUCUGUCUAAAGUACCACUGAUUCUACUGAACUUAUCAUGAAAUAAGUACAUUAAUGAAAGGGCUCACGUGAACGAAAUAUUUCCUUGAGUUCUAUCAGUUUGAUAAAGGUAGUGCAUUAUAUACAUAUAUGAGCUAUUUAAGUUGUGUUGACUGGAGCUUUGGAAAUAUAGGUAAUGCUGCAGAAGUAAUGCUGUGCACUUCGAUCAUGCAUUAAUGUUCCUACAUAUCAAGUGAAGAAUAAUACUAUAGCUGCAAUGUUGUGUUUUGGUUUUCCUGUGGCAUGCUAUUGUGUGGUUGAGGAUACUUGACAAAUACCUAAAUGAUAAAAUAAUAAAAAUCGUUGCAAUAAAAAAGAAUAUUUCUCAGCCCUAUAAACAACACAAAUGUAGCUAAAGUUUGACACAGGAUGUAACUUGUUUUUAUUAGAGAUGAAGCACAUGCAGUUUUUUUGUUUUGUGAAAAUUGUAACAUAAAAUUUAAUAUGAAUUGUUUGUGUUAGGCUAACCAUAGCUCAGGUUAAUUAUGCAGUAUUUUAAUUGCAUUGACAUUAAAUGUUUUGAUUGCCUGAAACUUGCCACUAAAUAUCUGUUAGUGGAUCAGUUGGAUUUGAUUGUUUUAACUGAUACAUGUAAGUUAAUCAAAUUCAGAAGUUCAGUCAGCACCGUUUUUUCUUGGCAAACACUGAAAUCAUGUUAGAAUGCACUUUAUGAUGCUGAAACAUGCUUUAUUUUAUGUACUAAUAAAUUGUUUAAUUGAUCUCA